GGUUGAAAUUUCUUUUAUCACCUUUUAAAGCAAUCAUGCAUUUUAAUUAUAAGCGCAAAUACGACAGAUUAAAACGGUGUAUUAAAUUGUAUAUACUGGAAAACUCCUGCCUUACUGAUGAAAUCUGCCAUCUUCAGUCUGAACUAGCUGCUACACGAUCACAAAGGAUUUAUCUAAUUAAGCGACUAAUGUUUUACGAAGGUUUAGAAAAGGCCAAUAUAGUACGCAACUGCGUUAUAAAUGGAAAACCCGAAUCUAAUGAGAAUUUCAUACGAGCUUUGAGCAAGAAUAAACAAAGCAUUUUAUAUCCCAGUGAAAUUGAAGAGGAUUCUCAAAAUGGUUCUACAUCAAAAAUCAAAAAAUCUUUUCCACUUCACUUAAAUAAUUUAUUACUACAUUCACUAGGCGAUAUAUCGGGGAGUUCAAAUUUCCAUAAUGAGAGUUGGAUAUAUCCUGUUGGUUAUGUGGCAACCCGAAUUUACGCCCAUCCAAAAGAUCCAUCAAAAAAGUGUGUAUUUACUUGUAAAAUUUUAAAUAACGCGGGAGUACCUCAAUUUCAAAUAAUACCUGAUAACGAUUUGGAUGGUGUAUUUUUUGGAGAAACCCCAAAUAUGUGUCAUGCAGAACUAUUAAAUACCAUUCAGAGGUAUUCUAAUAAAAGUGUCAAAAUACCAUUUAACGCGCAGGGAGAAUCAUUUUUUGGCUUGUCGAAUCCAAAAAUUCAAUCCCUGUUAAGGCUAGACCCUGGAUUUCAACGAUGCUUUAAUUUUAAAGGAUAUAAUGUCCAGAAUCAAAAAUCUUUAAAUAAUCCAGGAUUAUCAUUUGAGACUCUUCAAACAUUUUUGACUUGAAACCAAUUACAGUUAUAAUUUAGACACAAUGAAUAAACUUUAAUU